AUGGGAUCGGAAAUGGACACAUUCGCAGCCCGCCUGGCCAGCUUCGACGUUGUGCUCAAGCCCGAGAAGCGGAGAUCUUCAGGCGUGAAAGGCCCCAGAUUCAUCGCAUGGCCUCAUUCAAAGCCUUCCCCUGCAGAGUUGGCGCAAGCAGGCUUCUUCUACAAACCCUACGAAAGCAACCCCGAUAACACAACAUGUUUCGAGUGCGGCCGCGCAUUGGAUGGAUGGGAGGAGGAAGAUAACCCAAUCACGGAGCACCUCAAGCACUCUCCGGACUGCGGAUGGGCGAUCACUAUGGACAUUCAACAGAACAGCUCCAACCCCUCAGCUAUCGAGGAUCCGACCAGUGAGCGUAUUUCCCAAGCGCGGUUGGCAACAUUUGGCUCGGCAUGGCCUCAUGAUGAAAAACGCGGCUGGAUCUGUCAAUCUGAAAAGAUGGUCGAAGCUGGAUGGUAUUUCUGCCCGACAGAAGAGAGUAACGAUUUGGCUAGUUGUGCUUACUGCAAGCUCUCCCUGGACGGCUGGGAGCCCAAGGAUGAUCCAUUCGAGGAGCACUAUCGUCGCUCAUCAGAGUGCUCCUUCUUCGUAUUUGCGCAGCCUCCCACAAAGAAGAGCAAAGGAUCCAAAUCAAAAAAGUCACGCGUGUCAAAGGCGUCUUCUCGCCUCUCAACCCAAUCAGUCGGCACUACCACAUCUGAAGCCCCGGAGGACCUUGACGAAUCAAUGGACCAAAGCAUCAUGUCACAAGCCAGUGUGAAGUCCAAAGCCACGAAGAAGGGAGCGAAGGGCAAGGGUAAAUCCACCAAGGCCAAAAAAGAGGAAGCUGAGGCCGAAGACCAAAUGGAGCUGGACAGUGUUGAACACGUGCAGCCGGAGCCAGAAGCCCCCAAGACCAAACGUGCAGGUCGAGGGAAGAAGAGGGUCAGCAAGGAAAUGGCACGGGAUGAGUCCGAGUCAUUGGCUGAACCUGAUCAACCGUCGAUCGAACCACCCAGUAAGCGCCGCAACACAAGCACCCGAAGCAGCAGCGUAUCUCAGACCUACAACUACGAGCAUGAGUAUGAGAUGUCGGAUGCGGCACCUGCGGAUGAAGCACCCCAAGAAGAGCUCAAGAAAAGCCGCAAGGGAUCGAAGAAGGGAACUAGCAAGAGCCGUAAGGCUUCUGAUGUCUCAGUCUCGUCCAAGUCAACUUCCAAAUCCCGUUUACCCGAAGACUCAGAGUUAGAUGCUGCUAUAGAGGCAGGUCUCGAAGUGGAUGUACCGGAGCAGGUCGGGUCCGAACCGUUAGUAGAGCCAGAGCCCGAACCGGAGCUUGAAGUCGAGCCCGCCCCUCGUGCUUCGAAGAAAUCCAAAGCGAGCAAGAAAACCAAGCCCGCCAAGGCGGCUGAGCAGCAAGCACAGGAGCUGGAAGAGCCUAUGGACUACGAGGAGCAUCCCGAGAAAGAACCAGAGGUCAUUGCCGAACCCGAUGUGGAUGCCAUGGAGCUGAUCGAGGAGCAAGCCGAACCAGCUCCCAAGGCCAAAGCCGCCAAGGGUUCUAAGAAGAAGGGAACUAAGAAGAGCAAGAAGGAAGAGAGCAAGUCAAAGGCCUCGGCAUCGCGAGAGUCCACUCAAAACAAACCCACACCUGAUGACCAGCCUAUUGAUGAGCACCAUAAAUCAUUUGUAUCGGUUGAAAUCGUCAAUCAACAGCCCGAGCCCGCGCCCGAGCCCGAGUAUCAGCCUGAACCUCAAGCUGAGCCCGAACGGGAACCACAACCGGAGCCAGAAGCGACAACCCCUGAGAAGCCUGUGAUGAAAAAAUCUUCGAAGAAAGAAGACAAGGCAAAGAAAUCCAAAAAGUCUAAAAAGAAGGAGCCAUCUCCAUCACCUGAGCCGGUGGUGGAAGAAACUUUUGAGGAACCCAUGCCUGAGCAGCCUGUGCCGGUGUCUCCAUCUGCAGAUGAAGAAUGGGGGACGCCGGAUGAUCUACCAGAUCAAGUCGAGAUGGUUGCACCUGUAGAACCUUCCCCGGAACCUUCUCCAGAGCCGCCGACUAAACAGCGGACGCCUGUACCUCCCAAGACGGUCAAGCGAUUCAGUGAUAUUCCCCAAGAGGAGCAUCUGACCGAGUAUAUCACGAAACCACAAGAGUCUCGAGGCAGUAUGCAGAGGGUAUCCCGAGGAUCUAAGCGAUCUGUCUCACCUCUGCCACCAGCGCACCAGCACACGCCGUCAAUGUCCCCCCAAUCCUCUGAUGCCGAGAACCGACCCCCUUCCUCUCGUCUCUCAGCAUCCCGCCCAGCUAUCCCACCAGCGGAACCGCAGGAUCAGACUCCGCGGGCGGCAGCCACUCCGUCGCCAUCUAAACGCAAUUUCAACGGUGCCUUCGCGGCUUCCAACCAUCCUUGGACACCGGUGGACAUUGACGAAGCCCUAUUUGGAGAGGCUAGUGACAAGGAGAAUGCCGAUCUUUCUGGCCUGUUCAAUGGCAUGAAGCGAGGGCUGACUAGUCCGGAGAAAAAGAUGACUGUGGAAGAAUGGAUCAUGUGGAAUGCAAAGAAUGGUGAAGAGCGGCUCAAGCGUGAAUGCGAACGGCUUGUCGGUCAAUUUGAAAAAGAGGGGAGUCGAGGCAUGCAGCGACUCGAGGCCAUCGAGUGUAUUGAUUAA